AUGGACAAGCAGGUUGAAGAACGAAUUCGAUGCUGUCAUCCAUGUCAACUUGUCAGUAAGAGCCCGCGACCAGAGCCAAUGGAACCAACUAAGCUUCCCAAGAAACCAUGGUCGAAGCUAGCCAUAGACGUAUGUGGACCAUUUCCCACUGGAGAACAAGUAGUUGUCCUUACUGACUAUUAUUCGCGCUGGCCAGAAGUCAAAAUCUUAAAAUCAGUCACGUCCAAAAACAUUCUCGACUGGUUACUAUCGGUAUUUGCAACUCACGGAUUUCCAGAUGAAAUAAAGUCCGACAACGCAUCCUACUUUGUUUCUACCGAGUUCAAGGAUACAUUAACUUCUUGGGGAAUAGAACAUAAGACGGUGACGGAAUAUUGGCCGCAAGCAAAUGGGCAAGUUGAGAGAUUUAAUCAAGUUCUCGAGAAACACAUCCUAACCGCACAGGCGGAAGGAAAAGCAUGGAAACCCACCAUUCCAAUCAUGCUACUCCACUACCGCAAUACUCCUCAUAGAAUGACCGGAAGAACACCUUCAUCAUUGCUAAUGAACCGAGAAGUCAAGACGAAACUUCCUAGUUUUGAACAACAGACAAACGAUGAAACUGAAACUCGCAUGAAAGAUGAAGAGGAGAAAGAGAAAUCGAAGAAAUAUACCGACAAGAAGCGAAAAGCAAGUCCAAGAAAUCUUGAAGUCGGAAAUAAAGUACUAGUUACUCAAAAACAUCGAAACAAAUUUACGACAAAGUUUCAUCCUGAUCCAAUGGUAAUCACCAAAAUAAACGGCACGCAGAUAGUGUUAAAAGACAAGAAUGGCACACAACAUCGUAGAAACUCAUCGCAUGUCAAGUUAUACCAGGAAAUUCCUGAUCCUGAAGAAGAAAUCCAGAGUGAUCGCAAGCAUGACAGACAAACGGAAAGUCGCGAAGAAAACACCGAAGCAACUCAAACAGAAACCAACCAGAAUACUACAGAAACGGAAAUUGUUCUACGUAGAUCAACGAGAAAUAGAAAACAACCAGACUAUCUAAAAGUAGGUUAAAUUAGUCAAGUUUAAAAUGCAGACUGUUGACAUUUAGUUUAGUUUAAAGAACACGGUAAUGAAACCCGUAAUAGUAAUUCCAAGACACUAAGUCUUAGAACGGAACUACAAAGUAAAGAACUACAUAGAAUAGAGAUUUUAGAAACUGUAAAGGUUGAUAUUUUCAUAACUAUAAUUAAGGAAGGGAUGUUGUAUCCAAAUGCUGAUUGGUCAGCUGAAGUGAUUGACAUAUAAGAUUAGGUCACGAGACAUUAGAUUAGGAGACGCUAAGCCAGAGAGCAAGUAUAGAUGUAUAAUAUAGCAGAGUAAAUAUAUGUUAUAAAAGUUGAAUAACAGAGGAUAUAAAAAAAUGACAAUAAUCUUUUAUUACCCAACCCUUUUACUCACUCAAAAAUUUGUCUACCCAACCCAAGGGAGCACGCCAGAAAUACUUGUGUAAAUUUAUACUAACCUUUUAAUUACAUGUAAAUGUUUUCAAUUCUCAUCGGGCGCCAUUUUGAAUGUUGAAAGCGGUAUUAGCUUAUCGCAGGCGCAAUAAUUUAUGUUCAUCUUUGACAUUAAUUUAUGUUACACGAUGAUACUCCGAAGGGCGACCGAGAAAGAUCCGAAAUUUAAAAUGAGGCGGAGAAAUAAUAAAAAAUAAAGAGGGGAGUGAAACGGCCGAACUAUUAUCCACUGAUGCUGGUUGACUGUUACUAGGAACAUUUGAUGUUGCUAGGAACAAACCGGAAACAAAAUGAGACCUACUAUUACGGGAACCACUGAGUAUUUUAAUAUAAUAUACUGUAGAACAACAAAUUAUAAUAUAAUAUACUGUAGAAAAUAAUUUUUUUUUAUUAUUUUCGGAUUUACCGUUGAUUUAUAUUUGAUCUACUAUUAGUUCAAUGGAGUCACAUUAGAAUAUAUUAUUAAAAUUGGGGACAAUGGCGAGAGUUUGUAUAUCAGAUAAACAUCGGCUGCUCGUGUUUUAACGUGCUUAAAAGACGACCCAUCAUAUGAGUUCAUUGGCGAAGUAAUUUUAAAAUAAACAUUGUCUAAGCCGAGAAAAUCGAAGCUGAAGUUUAUGUAAAUCCCUCGAUGUAAAUGAGGACAAUUUACAAAUCUAUUAUCCGACGAUUUACAUACAUUGAUUAAACAUUCAUUUCUUUUGAAUUUCCUUCAUGAAUUAUUAAUACUGUAUUUUGUGUCCAGCAUUCGCAAAUGUAUUUGUUUCUCUGCUGUCGAAAAUUCACUGCUGGCGAGCAACGAUGCAAAUCGAUACAAGUUUUGAUAUAUUUCAGAUUCGACAGUUCUUGGUCAACGAGCAUGGCCAGAUAACGAAAUUGGAUAUACGCAUUGUCAUUGGCCAAUACUCCAUCACGUGUUCGGCCGUUUCACUCCCCUCUUUAUUUUUUAUUAUUUCUCCGCCUUAUUUUAAAUUUCGGAUCUUUCUCGGUCGCCCUUCGGAGUAUCAUCGUGUAACAUAAAUUAAUGUCAAAGAUGAACAUAAAUUAUUGCGCCUGCGAUAAGCUAAUACCGCUUUCAACAUUCAAAAUGGCGCCCGAUGAGAAUUGAAAACAUUUACAUGUAAUUAAAAGGUUAGUAUAAAUUUACACAAGUAUUUCUGGCGUGCUCCCUUGCCCAACCCUUUUCUCUUCGGUGCCAACCCCCGCCAUAAAGAAGUGCGUAUAUAGUCGUAUAGGUUUUCAAAUCAUUCCUAUCAUUAUUUUUUUUUGUGUUGGUGUAAUGUACUCAGGUGAAUAUGAUGCUUGUGAUGUUACUCUGAGUGUAUAUCCACACCGGGCAAGCUUGAAAAAUAUGCCUGACCACGGUGGGAAUCGAACCUACGACCUUUGGAAUACUAGCCCAAUGCUCUGCCAAAUGAGCUACGCGGUCUGGUCGGUUCGAGUAAGUGAUAUUUCGGAACAGAAUCUAGUUCCUUCGAUAUCAAUGUAAUCAAAUAAUCAUGAUUAGGAACUAGAUUCUGUUCCGAAAUAUCACAUACUCGAACCGACCAGACCGCGUAGCUCAGUUGGCAGAGCAUUGGGCUAGUAUUCCAAAGGUCGUAGGUUCCAUUCCCACCGUGGACAGGCAUAUUUUUCAAGCUUGCCCGGUGUGGAUAUACACUCAGAGUCUGCCUCCUCCACAGGCGUCUCUUGGUCUCUAAAUACAGCGCGAACGCGAAAGGAAAGUAGAUGAAAAGCCAAAGCAGAUGGAAAAGCGGCGAGAGAAUAAUUGGCUCGCCAGAACGCCUUUUUUUCUCACGCACCGCCUUUUUUCUCGCGCGCCGCCUUUUCCUCAUCAGUAUAUUAAAGAGACGUCUGGGUACGAGGCAGACUCAGAGUAACAUCACAAGCAUCAUUCCUAUCAUUGUUUAUUCUGCCAGCAAACGUUUAAUUAUUCGCUUCUUUCUGUAUGUUCAGCGCAUCCAUACACCUACCAAUGGCUACAGAUUUCAUCACCACAGAACAGUCAUGGCUAUAUGGAAGGGAAGAACGCUCAACGAGUUGUUUUGAGUCAGGUGAGUUGAAAUUAAGCUGACGGGAACGAUUUUCGCGCAUAAAGCCUGAUUUCCAUAUGAUCGUAACGGUCGUAAAGAUUGAGUCACGAUCUUUCUCAUCAGCCGAAAUACGACAUUUUAGAACCGAAAAUACGCGGAGUGAUUAUAACUGGAGAAUAUUUAUGAUUUAUAUGUGGUUUACAGGUAUGGACUAUAUAAACUACUGGCCGUUGAGAAAGACCGUGACUCUAUUUUUUACCAGGCUUAACUGCGGAUUUAAGAGCACUUACAAAUUUGUAUACAGACUGAUACGUAAAUAAGUUGUUUUUUUUUGUUUUUUAUCGUAUAGUUGAAGAAGCCAGGUGUGUAUCAACUGAAAGUGAUUGUUCGCAGUUCUCAUUACGCUUAUGGCAAGGCAUUUGUCAACGUCACUGUCGAGAAACGUAAGUGGAAAUUGUCAGUCAAUCCUGCAAGUGUUGUACAUUUGUAUAUAGCCGUUGAGUAUUAGAUUUUGUUGCCCACUGAUAGCGUACUGUAGUUAUUAUGUGUGUGUGUCUGUGGACGUUAAAAGUACCUUAAAAUUAACUUUUAUUUUUAGCAAAACGUGUAAAUAAACCACCCAGAGCAGAUAUCUCUCCUAAAGAACAGUCGAUCACUCUCCCCACAAAUGAAGUUGUUUUGGACGGAUCAAGUAAGUGCAGCUAUACUGUAGUAAUCUCGUGCUAUGUACUGUAGAAGUACCCAGACAAGUAAAAACAGAUCGCAAAUUGAACCCGGAAAGAUCCGGAAAACAUACCCUUGGACUCAUUUUUGAGCAGUUGAAGCUAAGCUUACACUAUGAUAUCCAGUUAAUUUAACCUGUACGGGUAAUAUUUAUUUAACUUAUAGAAAUACAUAUAUAGACAAUGGCAGGGGACACACUACAGCUUUCGCCAAUACACCCUUUCGGUAGUUACGUCAUUUGGCCUGGGAGCCUCGCUCUCAUGAAUCGUGAGCCAAUCACCUUGCGUAAUUUACUAAUGAGAGCGAGGCUCCAAGACCAAAAGGUAUGUGUGACGUAAUUAUCGAAAGGGUGUAUUACAGCGGCCCUAUAUACAUAUUGAUUUCCAUGUUCUUGGAUCAUACACGUCGUAUACCGUUUCUAGUGCUACUUUAUAAUACAUGAAAAGUCCAUUUUUGAACUGACUAUGGCCGGUGUUAUUGCCUGAGUGUCAAGUUUUUUUGCGGUAUAUUCCACAUUCUGGUACAUCUAUUUAAAUAGGACUUUUGGAAUGUAUAGUUGUCUUGCAUCGUGUUGUCGUGAAUGACAAAUGCAUGGUCAGGAUCCGAUGAUCUUGUUUCUCUUUGGCUGUUGGCACUAUAUAACUAGUAAUACAGUAUAUAAAUAUAAUAUAGCUAUAUAUAUAUAUAUAUAUAUAUAUAUAUAUAUAUAUAUAUAUAUAUAUAUAUAUAUAUAUAUAUAUAUAUAUAUAUAUAUAUAUAUAUAUAUAUAUAUAUAUAUAUAUAUAUACCACGAUUGUCGAUCUUAUUCACAACAGCGAACUUAUUCAAUGACCUUCCCCCAGAAGUACGAUCAUGUGCAGACUUAAACGUAUUCAUGAGGGAAGUGAAACAAUUACUGAAAUCCAGAGCAUUCCUACGCCUUGAAUAGACUUAUUUGUAUUGUAUUAGUGCAAUGUUUCUUCUUAUUAACAAUUUAGUUUAAAUUUAUAACAAUUAUUAACAAUUUAUAUAUAUUUAAUUGUUUUCAGUUACGCAGAUAUAAAGCUACCAUGUAGAUAAGCUGCAAUAAAGUCUUUAUUAUUAUUAUUAUAUUAUUAUUAUUAAAUAGCUUAAUCUCAUAUAAUCCAAUCUCAUGUAAUAAUGUAUUCUUACAGAGAGUUCUGAUGAUGACAAGAUAGUAGAAUACAAAUGGCAAGAAUUAAAAGGUCCACUAUCAGAAAAGAACAAGAUCAUAAAAUCUGGAGUCGAUUCACCUAUACUACAACUCAAGUCCCUCUUGCCUGGGGUAUAUACGUACAAGUAAGUGAACAGAAUGAUCUGCAGCAUUAUGUGCAGAAGAUUUAGGGACUUUUAUAGGACUGAGGUUUCAUUUUGCUGCAUUGUUAUAGGUUAACUGUUAUAGACGCUGAUGAUGAGACUGAUUCUACUACAGCAACUGUUACUGUUAAUGCUGGUAAGUUUUUUUUUAUCCUAAAAACCGAGUAUAUGUAGAAAAACCCCGGUGCGAAACUGGGAUGGCUAUUUGAUAUGCACUCUUUAUUUGCUGAUUCGUGUGGAAAUACAUGUACUGUAGAACAAUGAGUGUUGUUACUUGUUUUUAUCCUGUUUAUAUCUUCCUGUUUGUUUUUGUGUCGUGUAGAAAAAGACUACCCACCUGUAGCAAGGGCUGGAAAUGAUGUUGUUAUCACAUUACCAGAAAAUUUUGUCACGUUGUAUGGGAAUGGAAGUACUGAUGAUCAUGUAAGUCACUGUUCUGUACUUUUGGAAAUGUGUUUUGUUGUGUUGUGUUGUGUUGUGUUGUGUUGUGUUAAAUUGGAUUGCGUUUGUGUUAUGAAGAAAGUGUUGUGUUGUGUUGUGUUGUGUUGUGUUGUGUUGUGUUGUGUGAAAUGUUUUGUGAUGUGUUGUGAUGAGUUGUCAUUUGAUUCGAUGUGUCGUGUUUGGAUUAGACUAAUAUAUUGAACACUCUAUACAGUAUAUUAAAAUGUAUUGUAAUAACUGCAUAUUAAAUUUACUGUAACUGCAUCUUUUGUAUGUUAUUGCGUCAUGCUACCACUGCUUCGUACCUAAGACGUUUUCAGAGCAUUGCUAUAACUGCGAAAAGUCCCUCAGUAUAAGGACUGUAGGGGGCAAGCUAGUGUAUGCAUGCAAUUCUAUUUUGCGCCAAGAGCUGGCAUGUUAGCUCCUCGAGAAGACUUUAUAAAUAAAUUCAUAUCUAUGUUAUAACUUUGUGUUAUCCUUGCGUGUACUCUACAAUACAGCUUUUUAUUGCUCUGCCUUGUGUACAUUUGCAGUCGUAUGCUGGACAGUUCAAGCGUUCAAUUGUCAUUUAUUUUAUUAUAGGGUAUAAAGGGUUAUGAAUGGAGCAAGAGCCCAUUAAGUCCUGCUUGUGAUCUUCAGGUAUUUCAGAAGACAUUUCACCAGUGGCGAAGAUAGUCAUGGCAACUGGUCAUGCUAUCCAAAUAAGCAUGCAAUUAGAUAGUCUAAAGACAAUACGUUUCUAGAGUUCGAAUAGUUAAAAAAAAAUUUAAUUUGCUUAGCAUGACCAAUUGCUAUUGUCUAGCUUCGCCACUCUAUUUCACUUCAACUAGGCUACGUAGCGGCGCGAAAAAGCACCUAUCCGAUACGGAAUGUACAACUUUCAAAAGCUCUGCGAAACAACCUCUUUCUGUUGCAAUAAUUCCCCUGAACACAGCGUUCCUAUAAAAGGUACGGAUUGGUUUUUUUUUCACGUCGCUACGGAAUUCAAAGCUAUUUGGUGCAGUGUAACCCUCGUGUUCUUAAGGAUUUGUAAAAAUUUAAUGAAAGAAAACCCGUAGUGUUUGGUACAGUCAACUUGAAGCACUCUUCUCACAUGUGACUCGGCAACAAUUAGCCUUUCUCACGAAGGCCAAAAUCUGCCAUUUUUUGGGUACUGUCUGCCCUCGUGAAAGAUUCUAGACAAUUGAAAAAAAAAAACGUGAAAAACGACUUUUAAAGAUGCGGUAAAGUCCGUUCUGCGCAUAUAUUCUGCGCAUCAAAACAUUCCAUCAGUGGGGGAGCAACCUAAUAUUUCGCACCUUCCGAACUUUCUUGAAUUGAAUCUCUAGUCUGUAUUCAUUUACAAGCAUAACGAACCAGAAAAGUGUUAAAAAUUCAAUAUAGUAUAUAUCUAAUCAUAUUUUACAACUGUUAAGUAGCAGUGAGUUCAAAAUGUAAACAAAGCGUUUGUUUACAUUACGGACUUUACAUCACCUUUAAAAGUUGUAACUGUAAAUUUACCAUUGUACAAACAACUACAAAAAAAAGUUGUAUUUUGUGGUGCGGAGACUCUCGAACGUGGGAGAGGCAGUACCCCAAAAUGGCGGGAAAAUCGGCCGUGAGAAAUGCUAAUUGACAUGAAUUGUCACUGGUUGCAGAGAUGAAAAAACACGUGCAAAUUACGUGCAAUGCAUUUGCCGUUAACCACAUUUAACUUUUGAAUAUCGUAUUUCAACAGGGUAGUACAGGUCCGAUACUUCAUGUAUCCAACAUGAUUGUCGGCGACUAUUCGUUCACGCUGAAGGUAACUGACUCAGGGGGUCAGAGUUCCGACAGCAAAGUGACGGUGGUAGUACGACCGGAGAGGAACUCCCCUCCGCUAGCAUAUGCCGGAGAUGACAAAGACUUGGUAUUCCCAGAUGACACCACUACAUUGAGUGCCAAGGAGAGCACAGAUGACCAAGGAAUAACUAGUUUUAAAUGGGAGAAAUUAAGGUUGGUACUCUAUAACUACAUACACAUGCAAAAAUCACACAUCUUGUAAUAAGGUUGUCAACACACCGUAAACAAGUUGUCUUCGCACUGCUUAUCACAACUUGUCAACAAGUUUGGAACAAGCUGUUAACAACUUGUAACAACCUUGUUGAGAUUAUCAGCCUUGUUACAAGGCUGUUCCAACAACAAGUCCGAUACAGUCAUGAUAUACAGUAGCAGUAUUGUUACAACCUUGUGUCGUCAACCUUGUAACAUUCUUGUUUAUCAUGACUGUAUCAGACUUGUUGGAACAACCUUGUGAUAAUGCCAUCAAGCUUGUUAUAAGUUGUUAACAGCUUGUUCCAAACUUGUUACAACAACUGGGAACAAGCAGUGCGCAGACAACUUGUUGACAGCUUGUGAACGGAUUUGUAACAACUUGUUUGCAGACCUGUAACAACUUGUGCGUUUUUACGUGUGUAACUGGAGUGAUGACAUUGAAAGUACUGAAGUAUUUUAUAUGCUCUUUUUAAUGAAUACGUUUGCUCUUCAUUAUCCAUAUUUUUGUUCAGACACAUUGUAUAUUUUUAGACUAUUUACUUUUCACAUUCUAGUGGUCCUUCAUCAGUUGUGAUGUCCGGAGUUGAAAAGAUGGUUUUGAAUUUGUCUCAGUUGAAGGAGGGACACUAUGUGUUUAAGUUGACUGUGACGGAUGCCAAGGGUCUGACAGGGACAGAUAGAGUGUCAGUGAAUGUCAAAAGAGGUAUGGACACUAAUAAGAUACAUGAAAAUAUUUCUCAGGUCUGAUUGGCUGGGAGCAGUGCAAUUUUUUCGAAAUACAGUGCCAAAAAAUGAAAUACAGUGCAAAAAAAGAAAUACAGUCCAAACUUCUUAAUUUUCUUAAUUUUUAUUUUUCAAAUUUUUUCAUUUUCUUAAUUUCUAAAUGUGACUUACGCACGUGACUGCAUAAUCUUUUCAUGUAUGUUAUGGUUUCUCCCUGCAAUUUGAAAAAACAUACACUCGUGAGUUUUUCAAACACUCGUCCUUCGGACUCAUUCAAUUUUGAUAGUCUUUGAAAAAUUCACUCGUGCAUUUUUUUCCAAAUUGCACUCCAAACCAUAUUAGCUAUACAUAUAAUGAAUGUUUAUGACUGCAAUGGUAAAAAUGAGGGGAAUCGAAAGAUGGAAUUCUCUAUUCCACAGAAUAAGCUUGCCAUAUUCACUGGAAUUUAAUUUUUUUUUAAUAUCCUUACUAUGGAAAUAGCAUGAAAAUGCUACCGCGUAACGGAUCUUAGUUGGAAAUAGUAUAAAAUGCAAUUUUUAUACUAAUUGCAAUUUCCAUAUUAUGGAUAUAGUAUGGAAAUAGAAACACCAGGCGGAAAUCGAAUUCUAGUUAAAAAUAUUAUUGCCCAGCAAAUAACUCGUAAAAGAGGCAUAUUCAAAAAAACAUUUCGAAUAUAAAAAAUUUUUAUUGAGUAACGUUUCGUCACAUUACAAGCGACAUCAUCAGACUAAAUACAGUUAAGCUAUUUCAUCUAUUUUAUAACAAAUUUUGAAAAAAUAUACGAUAUACAAUUACAAACGGUUAAAAAGUUAAAAUUAGAAAUAUAUAAUGUUCAUGGCAUAUUGACAUGCACAAGAUACUGAGAUUAGUGAAAGAUAUAGAUUAAAAAGGAAUGUCAAGUGGUUAGCGUCAGUGUUAAAAGAUGUUAGUAUAAAUUAACAAGAGGAAACACCUACUUAGAAGAGUGUCAACGGAAAGGAUCGGACAUUAUUAUUAAGCCAUGUUUUAGUUUGAGCAAUUAGUAAGCUUUCUUUAAUUUAAAUUAAUAAGAAUAUUAAAAAUAUUAUAGCUGGGCAAUAAUAUUUUUAACUAGUAUGGAAAUGAUAUGGAUAUACUAUGAUGGUAACUCUGAUUCUCUAGAUGGUAACAAACCUCCCCAAGCAGACGCUGGCCCAGAUGUUUUCGUAAAACUGCCAAAUCGCGCCGCUGGCCUGGACGGCUCUACUUCCAGUGAUGACUAUGGCAUUGUUUCUUAUACCUGGACACGAGAUUUGAAAAGUCCAGCUGCUGGGGUAUGUUGAUAAAGCCUUACAAUGUAAUUGAUUCUAGUUCGGUUUACAACUUGAGAUUAUGAACAAUACAGUUGCCUGUAGCUCACAGAAGACCACUUGAUUACAUACCGGGCAGGGGCUGAAAUUUGCAGUAUCCCAAUAUCCAUAGGAUACCAAAAUUUGGUGGUGUGUAUACCAAACUGUGAAUGACUUGUGUUCCAACUGGAUACUUAGAAAAUUUCAAACAUUAAGAAAAUGUUAAACACCUUUGACGGGUUCCUGAUAACUUUUGAAUACUAUCAGUUUACCACCAGUCUUUCCUCAUUGAGGACUAGCAUAUAGAAGUUUGUUGAAGGAUUAUGCACAUUUUAGUGUAUUAAUGAAUUGUUUAGUUGUUGACUGUUGAGUCUCCUGUUGUUAUUGUAAUUUGUAACAGUGAGAGUUAUGGAAACUUAUUUGGAUGGGACGGGGUAUAAUACUUAUGGUAUCGGUAACCAGUAUCCAGAAGUGGGAUACUGAAUUCUCAGUGCGGAUACUAAACUUAGAAUCCUGAAAUUCGAUCAAGGGGGCCAUGUCCCUCCCCAAUGAUUUCUAAAAACCUUUGAACAAAGUUGUCACAAUAACCUUUCAACCAUGAAAGCAUUAUAGUACAGGCUACUGUAUAAACGAAGCUUACUGUAUAUUUUUUAGGAUGUGAUCAAUGGCAGUAACCGUCAACCCAUUUUGAGACUCUCGAAUCUUGUCAAAGGCGUUUACAAAUUCCGUCUGACCGUGAAAGACGCCAAGGGACUGAAAUCUUAUGAUGACGCCAAAAUCUUUGUGAAAGAAGGUUCGUCGCUUGUUAAAUUACUUCUUGUGCAGGGACCGCGGUUGUUCAAAGCUGGGUUAGCUUAACCCUAGGUUAACGUAAAAUUCAAAGCAAACGUCCUGUAAACAGCUUGUCUAUAAAUUUGGAAAUAUUUCUUCAGAGAUCUUGCCUGGGUCGACAAACUAAAACAACAGGUUACAUUUUGACCCAAGGGCUAGCGUUAACCCACCUUUGAACAACUGGCCCCAGCGCUAUAAGAAAUGUGAGAUUAUGUAAAACAGGACAUUUCGAAGUUGUAAUUCUGUGCUUCUCCACGCAAUAAUUUUGAGUUGCCAAUUGAAAAAUAAAUUUACAAGCGCGAAAUUCUACAUAGAAUUUCAUUUCGCAUAUACUAGGAUCCUCAAACUUUCUUCAAAGCGUUAACACCAGAGUUAAUAGUCCGAAAGAGCAGUUUGGUAUGGCAAGUAAAAAAUAUUGUAAUAUACAAAAGUCACGAGAAACGUUUAUCAGCGUGAGUGGGAUCAUUUUGGCAGUUCGAAAAACAGAGAUUGCAAGCUAUAUUUCAUUUGGACUGCCAAAAAUGAUUGUUUGUUAGGCCACAUUUUUUCUCUAUAUUUAAAUAAUAAUGGAAAUGUUUUUAUCAUACAGAUGUGAAUAGUCCAAGCCUGGUUGAAUUGUAUCUUGAUGUGGACAUUACGUCCUUCACGGAGGAAAACAAGGUAUAUAUCGUAUUUCCGUGCAGGAUUGCGUGAUCCAUGCACGAGGGAUGUCGCGAGACUUUCGGAAAGCGUAAAAAUACUCGAGCCGCAGGCGAGUGUAUUUUUACGCUUUCCGAAAGUCGAGCAACAUCCCAAGUGCAUGGAUCACGCUGUCCUGCUUGGAAAACCAUUUGGUAAUUGUUUUAUAAAAUAACUACAGUGAAACAAUGACAUUUUGAGAAUCCCGCGAAGGCAUUUUAAUUCCUCGUGCAGGAUAGCCUAAUCCUGCAUAGCUAUUGAACAAUCAAAUUGCGUGUUUCACUGUAGUUAUUAUACAAUCUGUUUUACACAAUGCUUUUACACAAGUAAUGCAUUUGCAUCUCUGCAUUUAUUAGUGUCGUAGUUUUAUCACAUUCCUGGUUUAGUAACUAUAUACAAUCAUUGAAAAGACCCUUCGGGCAGUGGAGGCCCUCGUGAUCCCUUUAACUCCCGCACCCCCUAAUAUAUCAUAACCUCUUGUUCUUGACCGGGGUAUUAGUAAUUCAUUUAGCCGAAAUUAACAGUGUACAAAAUGAAGCAGAUUCUCUGAACGUUAUUUUGAUCUCUGAAUAUAAUUGUUGUGAUUUUUCUGCAGCGACAACUCGUCCGAAAACUUGCAGUAUCUCUGAACGUCAUGGACUCGGAUAUCGUCAUUGAACAUAUUCAACCGUCAGGAAGAGGAAACAGGUUUGUUGUCAUUUACUGAUUGUUGCAUUGACUCAGCUCGGUUUGAAAACACUACACGAAUGACUAACAUAUCCAAAGCCAGACUCAUGAUUGUAUGUACUCAAGAUUAUUUUAAAUUUAUAUCCUUAGCUUUGUAAUUAUAAAUUUUACACCCCCCCCCCCCCUCGAAAAUCCACUUACAUUGAUGGGGUUAGCGUGUUCAAAUAAAGCUUACCUUGUCUUACCUACUUAGAUUUUUGGCUUAGAAUUAAGAUUCCUUGUUGCAUUAGACUUUUCAAUCGAUUUUCAAGCAUUUGUAUUACUGUAUAUAAUUUCGUGACAUGAAAGUGUAGAAACAUUAUUACAUUUAACAAAUAUAAAACAUUUUCCGUGUUGAUAUACAUGCAGUUAUACUGUAUCAACACGAGUGGAAAUUGGGAAAACGAGAAAUUGUGUGGAAACACGUCGCCUGAAGGGCGGAGUGUUUUCACACAAUUUCGAGUUUUCCCAAUUUCCACGAGUAGAAAAGAAAGAAAGAAAUUUUCCGACGUCUCCAUGCAUGUUGACAUUGAGCUAUAUCAACACGGCUCUUAGCCAAUCGGCGUUCAGAAUUUACAAAUGCUAUAAUAUAUAUUAUAUCAUUUACUUAUUCAUUUCCUCAACGUUGUUUGGCCAAUUAUCCCACAAAUAACUGGUGAAAAUAGUGGAGAUAAUGGUCUAAAUUAUUGUACAGAUUUGUUGAAGUUCGUGACAGCCACAAAAUUUUGAAAAUGAAUAAGUAAAUGACAAAACAAUAGACAAAUCCCAUUAUAGACUAAUUUUAAAACUAGGCAAGGAGAUGCAAAUAAAUCACCACAGCUAGAAAGAGCAUACUAAAAUUAGUAAAAUUACAAAAUUUGGGUGCGAAAUGUUGUAAAAUGUGGAAAACAUAGCCUUGCAAAGUUUGCAAAUUUUGUAUACUUUUGUAUUGCGUGCGACAUUUUCGGCCUAAAUGUGGUAGGAAUGUGGUAGGAAUUUCCGCAAGCAAUACAAAAGUAUCCAAAAUUUGCGAACUUUACAAGGCUAUAUUUUCCUCAUUUUACAACAUUUCGCAACCAAACUUUGUAAUUUUACUAUUUUAGUAUGCUCUUUCUAGCUGUGGUGAUUUAUUUGAGUUUCCUUGCCUAAUUUUAAAAUUAGUCUAUAAUGGGAAUUGUCUAUUAUUGAACGCGAUUUGUCAGUGGCGAGCAGAUCAUUGUUUGCCGAUGCCGAAGGCAGAGACAAAUAAUUGAUCUGCGAGGCGACAAAUAAUUGAUCAAUGAUCGAUGGCGAAAGCAGAGGCAGAUAAUUGAUCAACCUCGUCCAAUAAUAUUAUUUUUCUGAAACGUUUUGAAACGUAAACAAGGAAAAACAUUCAUAAUUCUAAGAAAAGACGAAAUACCCAGUGUUUUGACUUUUGUGAGUCAAAGCUGAUGCUAUCAGCUUGAAAUGUAUCAAACUUAAAUUGCCAUGACAUAUUUUUGAUGAAUAAAACCCGAGAGACAACCACAAGAAGAGAUAAGUUUCGAUACUUGCUUGCCGAGAGUUCACAACAACACUUAUAGAACUUCAAAAAAGCGUCGACGCCUAAUUGUGCGAUGUAUUAAAGAUGUAUUUGAAAAAGGAUUAAAUAUAUUUGAGAAUUUUUGUGGAAGAAGAAACAAUUGUGUGAAUGUAUAGCAAGAGCCGACACUUCAUAAAAUACUGCAGAAUGUUUAAAUAUUGAAGGUAUUAAUAAAGAUAUGUUUGAAAUACGAGACACGGAGACAGAUAUACAGUUAAUUUGAAAGAUUACAUAUCUGGCCUCGUUUUUACCAAUUUUAUGUCUUCCGGAAUAAGUCGUGGUUUAAAUCGUCGCGAAAAUAAUAAUACAUUUGUGUAUUUACAAUGGAUACAACUUGCCUCAAUACAAUCACUGUUCGCUCCACAGCUCAAUAGCUGGCAGAAAAUCGAUUUAAGCUCAGUCUGUCUCUGGUAUAUACUGUAUCUGAUUUUCUAUCUAUCUUGCCCUGCCUCGAUUAACUUUAUAUAGCUUUUGCAGGGCAAGCUGGAAUUUAAUUUUUUUGUUAAAUAAUCAUUGAAGUUGAUAGGUAUAGAGCGGGGUCGGAGUCUCGAAUCAACUUUAAACCUCAGGUCAAAUGAGACUUCCCAAGCCACGAAUUGUUACAAGGGACAAUAAGCUCUAUAUUAGCAACACGAAGGUUUGAUAAGUGUUCCAACUUUGUUUUAACUUAAUUAAUUUAAUAAAAUACGUGAUAGUGUUGGGAAAGCAUUAAGAACAGCUAGCCAUUAUUCAUUAAGGUCGCGUGAUUUCCCAACUUUCAUGUAUACUCUUAUCCUCGAUUCAUCCGGGCAGUACAGUUGACUUAGCCGGUGUAAGGAACUUAUAUUGGAUAUUUUCUCUUACAAUUUAUUGUUUAUUUAGUUUGGUUGUGCUAUUCUACGUGCGAGACAGUCUAAUCAAGCAGUCCAGAGAUGGCAAAGAGAUCGCAUACUUACUAAAACAGAAAAUCAGUGACACCUUUUUUGAAUUCAGAAUGCAAGAAGUAGAACCUUAUGGUAUGUUGUGUAUAUUAUUAGUUUGACAGUAAAAUUCUGUAGGUAAAUAUCAUAAUUUUACGCAUGUGCACUCGAUAUAGUUAAUCGUAAAGGCUUUGGAGAUUUUGUCCCGGGCUCGACAUUUAAACGAGGCCUAACAAUUUGCAACAAGUUGUUGAAUUGUGGAAUCCCGUACAGACAAUCAAGUUUCCCUUGACAAGUUUACUUUCUCGGAAAUGACAAGUUUACCUUCUCGUGUGUACAGUCAACAGGUUUUCCUUGGCAAGUUUACUUUCUCGUGUGUACAGUCAACAAGUUUUCCUUGACAAGUUUACUUUCUCGUAUGUACAGUCAACAAGUUUUCCUUGACAAGUUUCCUCGACAAGUUUACUUUGACAAGUUUACUUUCUCGUGUGUGCAGUCAACAAGUUUCCUUUGACAAGUUUACUUUCUCAUCUGUACAGUCAACAAGUUUCCCUUGCCAAGUUUUCCUUGACAAGUUCACUUUCUCGUGUGUACAGUCAACAAGUUUCCUUUGACAAGUUCACUUUCUCGUGUGUACAGUCAACAAGUUUCCUUUGACAAGUUUACUUUCUCGUGUGUACAGUCAACAAGUUUCCCUUGACAAAUUUUCUUUCUCAUGAUCAUAUACAGUCAACAAAUUUUCCUUGACAAGUUUCCUUCACAAGUUUACUUUCUCGUGUGUACAUGCAGUGAACAAGUUUUCUUGACAAGUUUACCUUCUCGUGUGUACGGUCAACAAGUUUCCCAUGAAAAGUUUACCUUCUCGUGUGCCCGGAAUAUUGUUAAACAUUUACCUCACGUCAAGGCCGCAUUUUGUUUGCCAAAACCAUAGAAGUAUUUCUUGUACACUAGUCAAAUUGUCCUUGGAAGGCCGUACACACGAACGCAUUUUCCUUGUCCAAAAGCUGGCACGACACUGUACCUUUGCUUUGGAACAAAGCUCCUUGGCAAAGAAAAAAUGUCAAUUUCUCGCCGAGCAAAUAGACUUGUCAAGAAAAACUUGCUCGCUUUAUGCGGGACUUAAAUGUCGAUCGAUCGGUGCCAUUGUGGGCAGAGACGAUAACAUACAUGCAGCUAUGGUGUGAAUGGAUAUGCAACUCCUUGGAAAAUAUUAGCAGAAUUACAUUGAGUUGCCAUUUUGCAUGGCGAUAAAACAUACAGUAUAAUACUUUAGUUUGUGGAAACACCACGUAAAUUUAUUACUGCAAAGCUUUCGAUCCGUAUAAGCCCGGAUCUUCAUCAGUGCUAAUAAUAUGAUAAAAUUGAAUAAUGUAAUAAUAUGAUCAUUCUUGGAUCGAAAGCUUUGCAGUAAUAUAUUUACGUGGUGUUUCCACAAACUAAAGUAUUAUUGUAUAUCCUUCACGUCGCAGCUUCCUUCAUUAAUGUCUCAUUCUCUGUUUGUGUAGUUUGCAGAAACAAUUGCUCAGGGCACGGAUUUUGCGACCAACAUACGAAGCAAUGUAUUUGUGAACGUUUUUGGAUGCAAGAUCCUUUCAAAGCAAAAUUCGGACUUCGCGAAAGCAAUUGUGGUAAGUGGGAGCCUCAUAGACUGGCUUUCGCUGUGCGGUUUUUGAACAGCUGGUUUACGCAGCUGCCUGAAAGCUUUUUUAUUGAUAAGGCGUGGCUUUAAGCAGUUUAUUUAUAACGUCAACUUUACAAAACAACAAAUUGCCCAACAAAUUAGCUACAAGCUUGGUGAUAUUAUCAGACUUGUUGCAAGGUUGUUCCAACAAGUCCGAUACAUUCGGGAUAGAACAAUGUUGUUACAAACUUGUGUCGUAACCUUGUAGCAUUCUUGUUAUAUCAUGACUGUAUCAGACUUGUUAGAGCAAUCUUGUAACAAGUCUGAUAAUGCCAUCAAGCUUGUUACAAGUUGUUAACAGCGUGUAACAAGCUUUGUGAUAUUAUCAGACUUGUUGCAAGAUUGUUCCAGCAAGUCCGACACAUUCAUGAUACAACAAUGUUGUUACAACCUUGUGUCGUCAACCUUAUAACAUUCUCUAUACCAUGACCAUAUCAGACUUGUUAGAACAACCUUGCAACAAGUCUGAUAAUGCCAUCAGCUUGUCACAAGUUGUGUAACAAGCUUGACACAGCGUGUAACAAGCUUUGUGAUAUUAUCAGACUUCUGGCAAGGUUGUUCCAACAAGUCCGAUACAGUCAUGAUAUCACAUAUGCAUACACACGUAAAAACGCACAAGUUGUUACAGGUCUGCAAACAAGUUGUUACAAAUCUGUUCACAAGCUGUCGACAAGUUGUGUUCGCACUGCUUGUUCCCAGUUGUUGUAACAAGUUUGGAACAAGCUGUUAACAACUUGUAACAAGCUUGAUGGCAUUUUCAGAUUUGUUACAAGGUUGUUCUAACAAGUCUAAUACAGUCAUGAUAUAACAAGAAUGUUACGAGGUUGCCGACACAAAGUUGUAACAAUAUUGUUAUAUCAUGACUGUACCGGACUUGGAACAACCUUGCAACAAGUCUGAUAAUAUCAACAAGGUUGGUACAAGUUGUUAACAGCUUGUUCCAAACUUGUUGGCAGACUUGCUACAAGAUGUGAGAUUUUUACGCGUGUACCUCAAUAAGUGCCGUAAGUGAAAUAAUUUAUUCAGAUAUUCAGAUAUUAUUUUGGUGCAAACAGUAUGCAAUGGUUGAUUAAUUUGUAUGUUGGGAAAGGGGAGUGGGGGGGGGGACUUUGUCAUCCUGCAUGCAAACCCCCGUUACCCUGACCCAAAUGAAGUUGUCAAACCCCCUUAGAUUUACAUCGACAUUACUUUAUUACUUCUAGACUGGAGUAUUCUCUAUGUGACCGUGAUUAUUUUCGCUGUCAUCGUCGCGAUUGUUGGAAUUUCCUGGGGCGUUUGUUUCUGUAUGGGAAGGUGAGAGUCAUCGUCGUUUUACUUAUUUAUUGAGAAAUCACUGUUAAAAUACUGGCUGUGUGUUCCAUUUUGUAACUGUGAGUCCAUUUAAAGGGGUAUUGCAAUAUGUAUGAAUAAAUAGUUUUCCCUGUUUGAAAGAACUUUUAAAAUUAUGUCGAAAAAUAUUUUACCUCAUAAAUCAGUGUGCUGUCCGCCAUCUUGAAUUGUUGUGGACGCAUGAUACGCCACGACUGAACUCAAUUUAUUUUAACUUUACCUGGAACGAUAUACUGUAUGUAAUCACACAAUACUAGAGACAUACAGAAGGUCGACUCAGCCUAAAAAGUGUUCCCCCGCAAGUUAUCGUUCAUGAUAAAAGAUAUGGAGUACACUGUACACUGUACACUGUACACUGUACACUGUACACGCCACCUGUACACGCCAUAAAUGGUGUCACGCAAACCCCUAUUGAAUAGCCCGGGUAAUAAAAGAGUUUCUUAACCUUAUUCGUUGUUUUAGAACUAAAAGCAGGCGAAGAAAGCAUCAGUAUUCUAUCAUUGGUGAUGAAGAUAGUGAUGAUGCAAAGAAUGCGACAAUGGAAUUAUUCCCAAGAGGUAUGUCCUAGUUUUUCAAAGACACAAAACACUUCCAUGGUUUGUGUCAACUACAGUCGUAAAAAUCUCACAUCUUGUAGCAAGUCUGCCAACAAGCUGUUAGACAAGUUGUGUUCGCACUGCUUGUCCCAAGUUGUCAAAAAGUUUGGAACACGCUGUUAACAACUUGUAACAAACUUGUUGAUAUUAUCAGACUUGUUACAAGGUUGUUCCAACAGGUCCGAUACAUUCAUGAUACAACAAUAUUGUUACAACCAUGGUCAUCAACCUUGUAACAUUCUUGUUGUAUCAUGACUGUAUCGGACUUGUUGGAACAACCUUGUAACAAGUCUGAUAAUGCCAUCAAGCUUGUCACAAGUUGUUAACAGCUUGUAACAAGCUUGGUGAUAUUAUCAGACUUGUCGCAAGGUUGUUCCAACAGGUCCGAUACAUUCAUGAUACAACGAUACUGUUACAACCUUGUGUAAUUCUUCUUAUGUCAUGACUGUAUCAUUCUUAUUACAACAACCUUGUAGCAAGUCUGAUAAUGCCAUCAAGCUUGUUUGUGACAAGUUGUUAACAGCUUGUUACAAGUUGUUAACAGCUUGUAACAAGCUUGGUGAUAUUAUCAGACUUGUUGCAGGAUUGUUCCAACAAGUCUGUUACAGUCAUGAUACAACAGUAUUGUUACAAUCUUGUAUCGUCAACCUGGUAACAUUCUUGUUAUAUCAUGACUGUGUCAGACUUGUUAGAACAACCUUGUAACAAGUCUGAUAAUGCCAUCAGGCUUGUUGCAAUUUGUUAACAGCUUGUAACAAGCUUGGUAAAAUUAUCAGACCUGUUGCAAGGUUGCUCCAACAAGUCCGAUACAGUCAUGAUAUAACAAUAUUGUUACAACCUUAUGUCGUCAACCUUGUAACAUUCUUGUUAUAUCAUAACUUGUUACAAGUUGUUAACAGCGUGUUCCAAACUUGUUACAACAACUGGGAACAAGCAGUGCGAACACAACUUGUCGACAGCUUGUGAGUAGAUUUGUAACAACUUGUUUGCAAUUUUUACGUUGUGUAUUAGUCUUAUUGGAACAACUUGUCACAAGUCGUCUUCGUAACAAGGUGAUAACAAUUCGUUGCUUUGUUUUAGAUAAAUUUCUCAACUCCAGUAUCAUGAGCGAAACGGACAUGGAUUCUGACGAAGAAACGUUAUUUGAAAAUCAAAAACCCUAUAAACCUGGCAGAACGUCUCAAAUGAAUGGCAUGCUUAAUGGAGCGAAGAAAAAGAAUCAUCAUACGUAACCAUGGUAACUAAAAGUUAUUCCACAUGACGUACUAAUGCAAAUUACGACAGCCGACCACACGCAAAUUAUGAAAACAAAUUAUGUUGUAAAAUAUUACAGAAGAAUUAUUUGUCCAAAUGAAUGGUUAAUAUUUUAAGAUAGAAAAGUCAAUAAUACUAAUCGCAGAUUAAUAUCCAUCGCCAUCCAGUCACUGGGGACUUUUAGCAUGCGGAACAUGGUUACACAAGACGUCAAAAUCUUUGGUUUGCAGUUGUAAACAGAGCGAGGAUGACGUGUAAAACUCCCAAUGGACCUUAAUUCUUCAUUUCUUUGCUACGCUGUCAUAAAUUUCAUUGUAUUAAUAGCAGUCGCCGUCGUGCUAGCUAAAGGUCCCCAAUAGCAGUGGGGAGAGGCGAGGGUCGCACCCAAUGUCUGAAAGCCGGCUUUUGAAUGCUGAUAGCAUAUGCGACCAGUCCCAUGACAUCGCCAACUGCCCACAGGAUAUUGAAUGGUGGCUGAAAGCCAUAACAAAAAUUUUACAACCAUGAAAAAUGCGUCCAGUAUCUGCGAUCUUUGGCGAAACUAUAGUCAUAUUUAUGCAGUUACCAAGUUCCACAAGAUAGCUUAACAACCUCGUCUGAGGCCGCUUUUCGCGUGGUAUUGCAUGGUUAGUACAUUUUCCAAAUUGUGUUUUUAUUUCACUCGCAACAUACGUAUAUAAAAACUAUCAACAAUGUGGCGCUCUUGAAAUUUUGAACAUACUCUUUUCAACCAUAUUUCAACACAAUACACGCUUCCAGAAAGUACUUUACCUUGGCUAUAUAGCGCCUCGUUUUCGAGAUUGAGACCUGGGGCUCUAACCAAUGUCACAUACACGGAAACGAGGCUAUAAAGCCAAACUGUCCGAAACGAUGUGUUCGGAUGAUGUACUUUCCAAAAUCGCGCAAGAAAGCCUGGAACGAGGUUGUCAUGCUAUCUUGGGAAAGGUCUAUUAACGAUGUGCUAGGCACAAAUAUUUCUCUUGUGUAAAUUUGAAUCAAAGUUUAAUAUAAUUAGUUCAAUAAAUAUUUGAUAAAAAAUU